UAGUAACCUCCAGGGAAGAAAGACGUAUGUUUUCGUCGUUAUGUUCCGGAAAACUCUCUGGAGAAACACUGCGAGCGAUGUAGUGAGCCGGCAUCAGGACCAAGCUCUGAGUACGACGAUAUUCAUCCUGAAAGAAUACGGGCCUACGGGAUUCCUUCUGAAGGAGGAAGGAGAAUCCAAGAGCUUCAAGGCAUGCUUAGGAAACCCUCAUACCUGCACCUGUCCUACAUAUGUGAAAGAGAGAGAUCUCUGCAAGCAUAUCUGCUGGGUUUUGAUAAGGAAAUUCAGACUUCCCAGAGAUCAUGAGUACUGUUUCCAGCUGGGCCUGGCGGAUGGACAGAUCAAUGAAAUGGUGCGGGGUCGGCACCGGCCGAAAACGCCGCGCCCCGCAGACACGCCCACACCGCCUGCGGCCGAGGAGGAUGGGGGCGUGCGGCAGAAGGAGGUUGAAGAGGGGGACGUGUGUCCCAUCUGCCAGGAGGACCUGAUGGCGAAAAGGCUUCCUGUGUCAUAUUGCAGAUACGGUUGUGGGAAUAACGUUCACAUUUCCUGCAUGAAAAUCUGGGCGGACCAUCAGAGCCGGGCAGACGCGGACUGCAUGGUGAAGUGUCCUCUCUGCAGGGAGGUCUACGCACCGAUGAAGGUGCUUCUGGAGCAGGUUAAAAAUGCCGCCUCUCUGCUGACCACAGCGGAGAGAGAGCGUUCGGACAAACACCUGGGGAUCCCCUGCAACAGCUGUAAGGUCUGCCCCAUCACUGGCAAGUGCUUCCGAUGCACUGUCUGCAGCCACUAUCACCUGUGUGAGGACUGCUUCAAUAAGCAUGGCCAUGCUCAACAUCCUCUCGUGUUUCGCCUGGUGAGUGACCUGCCUGUGAUGCAAAUAGUAAGACAUAAUCAUGUUGUAGAGUUUGAGGGAGUCCCUGCACAGAUUGUAAAGGGCCUGCUGGCUGUGGAGGUGAGACAGGGCUCCAAGCUGCUGAGCCCCGGACAGCAGUGCAGACUGUGUCUGAAGAGCUUUCACCCUGGCCAGCACGUCAAGCACCUGCCCUGCCACCAUAAGUUCCAUGCAGACUGCGCCGACACGCAGCUGCAGCAGUCCAACUCAUGCCCGCUGGACGGACACAUCAUCUACAACCCCCUCACCUGGAAAAGGGCAGGAAGUAAGAGCAAACCAAAAGAGGCCCCGCCCACACAGGGUCCGCCCAAGCUUCCAGAUCAGCUGCAGCAGGACCUGUUUGUCCCGGGGCUGGGACUGCAGGUAAAGACUACCUCAGGAGGUCCAGCCCCCAGAACGGCCGGCCCACAGAGGAGUGACCCCUCCAUAGCUCCGCCCCUCAGUGACUCUGCAGCCAAUGGCGCGCAGGGUCUCUGCGGUAAUGACGAGCACACAGAGACGGCGAUUAGAGAGAGGGGCUCCUCGGAUCCAGGGGUUCAGACGAAUCCCCCCCUGAGAGACGCAAGAUGUGUCCCUCCCAAAGAGUGCCGCUCACCCGAACCGCUGAGGGGGGAGCCCGAGAGGGCGCGGCCGAGCACCAAUGCCAGGCGCUGGGGCCGAAACCCCGCAGCCAGGAGGAUGGUGAAAAGCCUGGAUGGGGCUGCUGUCCCGGCCGGAGCUGAAAGGCCACAGCAGAGCCUGGUGGGAGGGUUAAACGGCCUGGAGAUACCAGUGCACCCCAGGGGGACCGUGAACACAUCACAAACCAGACUGCAGAAGAGACCGCCGGCCCCCAGACCGAGCCCUGCAGCUGCAAGGGAGAGAGACCCAGCUUUCACAGUGACCGGUGUCCUGACCAGGUCUGCUGACAGGGGGAGAGAGUAG